GGUUAUAUAAAGCGCGGUCCGUCCACGUCAGUUCGUUCCGUCGAGUCCGUUUUUCUCCUCGUUCUGAUUUGAUUUCCGAAGAGAUUUCGACGGCGAUGGGGAUCUUCCGCUUCCGGCUCGUCUGCCUGCUGCUCGUCGGGGUCGUCCACGGCUCGGUCUCGUUUCUGGGACGUAGGCAGGGGGAUUCGUGCGCCGGGAGAUGCGACACGGUCGGGGAUGAUCCGGACUGGCCUUGUCAGUGCAAUCAGCCUUGCGUCGACUUUGGGGACUGCUGCGAGGAUUACGAAGAAGUUUGCCUGAGCUGCUCGGAUCGAUGUGGCAUCGACUACAAUAGUCUUUUCCCUUGUCAGUGCAACGACGAAUGCCCGACGCACGGCAACUGCUGCGAUGACUUCGACCUGCAUUGCGAGGGGUCGACGGGGACGAUAACGGACGAAGACUUACGGGCUUUGUCGGAGGCCCUGCUGGAAAUGGAUAUCAACAACGUGGGGGGACUCGUCACGGUGGACCUUCAAGGUCAAACUUCAUCCGGAGGAGGAGAUGAAGCGCCUGACCCUCUCUUCGUCGGUGAAUUGUCGGAUGAGGUCUUGUCCGUCGAGACCAUAGCUUUGCUCGUGGCCCUGUUUGACAAUUACGAGCCUUUCACGACCGACCAGGAAGAUGUGACACCCGAAGAGGAGGAGGAGGUUGAUGCCUUCCUCGACGCCGUCAUCGCCACUGAUGUCAUGCAAUCUGCAUACCAAUUCUUGUUGGAAAAGGAUGCGAUCCAGGACGACGAAGCCGCCUUCAAGGUAAGGCUGACGGAGAUGUGGUUCGACAUGUACCCGAGAGACGGCUCCAGUCCGGGUUCAAGCGGUUUCGAGCACGUCUUCAUGGGGGAACUACGGAGCUCUGGAGUCACCGGCUUCCACGGAUGGCUCUAUUUCUACAUGCAAGAGCAGGAGGAACGCAUGGACUAUUACGGAUAUAUGACCUACAGGGACCUCGGCGACAAGGGCAUCAUACUGGAAAAUUCCUUCGUAUGGGACGGGAAACGUAAACCCAUCAGCAGCAUCUACAUCGGCGCCAGUCCCGAACUCGAAAUGGCUCUCCUCACGGUCUGCUACAUCGCGAGACCCGAUUCCCUCUGCCCCAUCGACCUGGCCGGGGAGUCACUGCACGUCCAGACGUACGUGGAGCCGUACGAUGGGGCAAACCACGUCGGAACUGCAUAUUUUGAUAUAUCCAGUUAAUCGUCAUGAUAAGUGCAGCAAUUAAAGUCUGAUGUUCAGCUAACAAUUGCUCCUCCUUAACGGUUGUCCAAGCAAAUGCCGGA